UUGAUCAUCCAUUAAAGUCCCCGAUAAAUCGGGCUACGUAUACCGCCGUGUUUACAUUACAUUACAUUACGUGACCAAGAUGGCCGCACAUGAAAAAUCUUUCACGGAUUUGAUAAUAUCUUCCGAAAAUAUGGACGCUAUUGAGCGUAUUAUGGAGCAAGGAUUGGAUAAUUCCAAAAAUGAUACCAUUGAGGAACUUUGUGCCCAGUUAGAUGUGGACCAGAUCGAGAAUCUGAGGAUUGUAAUGUUCGAAAAAGCUGUAGGAUAUCUUGAAUCGGAAUACAAUGAAUGUUUUGGACCUAUUGAAAACCGCACGCCGGGACAAAUACCCCGAAAGCUUAAGCUGAAACUACGUCGUAACAAGACCGAUAAAUCAGAGCGUAUGGCAAGUGAUAUUUGUGAUAUGUAUUUAUAUUUAAACAAGCCUACUACCCAAAAUGAAAAUCGGGCAUUUCCGAGAUCAAUCCUAAGUGAUUCUUCGUUCGUUCCAACUAUCCCUGAUACAGCGAAGCCCACUGAACCUCCCACCCCGGAUUACAGAUCUAUUGAUUUGGAUACCAGACUGGUGAAAUUGACGACGAGGGUGGCGGAUUUAGAGAGGGAGAAUAAAGAAUACAAAAAGGAAUUGAAUACUAUACGUAAGGAAUUGCACGAUAUGAACAACUUGGUAUCAACACAUAUAAAACUGUGCACAUGUAGAACCAUUUCAAAUGGCCAAAACGAAGCUAAUCAAGUUAAUUCUGGCUCUAAGACCAGUGUAUCUGUAUGUGAAACUAACCGUGCACCUGUUGACCUCGGUAUGAAUCAAAACAAUGCCAUGCACAGACGGGCUUUGAGUGAAAGUUCAAUAGCAAGGGACAUUACUCUGGAUUUAUCUGAUCAACACCCGUGCGAAACUGAAAUGGCGGAGAGCCGCAUUAAUACCUCAUCAAAGAUAUCUGAUGGUAAGUCCGCCCCUGUAAAGGCGCAACCUGGACCAUGCAUAAACACUACAAAUGGGCAUUCGUUGAGACCUCUAAAUAAAAAUGUUCUAAAUGCCUCAACUCCAAGUGCUUUGAAAAGCUCCACCUUUGCCACGCAUAUGGAUCGUAUUUGCCGCAACGGCAAGUCACAUGAAGGACGUUCAUCUGACACUGAAACUGACAUACCCUUUAAAAAGGGUCUAUCUGAGUAUGUCGCGAGGGAUAAAUUAGAAUCAGAACCCAAAGCCCGCACUUUAUCUACAUAUGCUGCUGCAGCCUCUAAGGCGCAAUGGACUGUUGUAAACCAUCAUAAAAAGACAAUACAAUCCAACGCCCCGACUGCUGCAAAAGGAAUUGUGAAACUCCGUGGAGUAAAAGAUGUACGGGGAUCGUUUGUAUAUGUGAAUAACCUGAGGAUGGAACCUGAUGUAUCUGAUGUCUCAUUACGCGAUGCAGUCGUGCAGCACGCUCGUAACUCUGGGGUGCGUGUAAUGCGUGCUGAGAUUGUGAAGAAUAAAUUCUGCGACGACAAAGUGGGAUGCAAACUUUGCGUUCCCGAGACUGAUGUACAUGUUUUACUAUCAGAAAAAUUUUGGCCCGACCCAUCAAUAGUCUGCAGGCGCUGGGAACGACGGGCACCUAGAGCAGCCAUGCGACGAGAAAAACCGAUUCCAGUUAUAACUGGAUACCGACGACAGGCUACCCAUGCCGAUGAUCAGUCCGACUAUGACUGUGGAAUCGACAACCUAGACAGGAUGAAUGACGCCUACAAGUCACAGAUUGAUUGGUAUGAAUAUGAUAAUAAUGGCCUAUAAUAAAACAAUGAUAAAUUCUUACACUUUCCUAUUACUUGUUGUGACACUACACAUUUGCACAUCAGCCCCGAGCGCAGAAUUUCACUCCGUGUUAUCAUUAACAAUGUCACCUCAUGAGAACAAAUUACGAUUUGGGCAAUGGAACUGUAGAGGUCUUGGGGCCUCUAACCGCUAUAUAUUGGACAUUUUGGCGAAAUGUGAUUUUUUCGCACUAAGCGAAC